AUGGGCGUCCUCUGCGACGGCGCCGACGCGGUCGACUUCACCGCGAGCUGUGUACGCGAGUUCUGGGGCUUGCUGCUGCCCGCCAUACUUCUCUUCAUCCUCUUGACCGUCGUAACGCCCAAACCCGGCUUCGCGCGCCGUCUCCUCCGCCCGAUAUCUACGCCGUUCAAGAGAUACCUGAGCUACGAGCAGGCCGAAGCGCUCGACAUCGGUGCCGCGCAGAAUGCCGAGGAGCCGGUACUGCUGGAAGCGCCGCGCCCGCCGCUGUGGCGCACGCUGGUCCUGGCCGGGCUGUCGCUCGCACAGGCGCUCGUCUGGCUCUUCGUUGGCUCCCUCGAAUUAUUCCAGACAUUGAACCCCGUAUUUGUCGCGCGCGCAUACGUCAGCGCGCUGAGCUGGCUGUACGCGACAGUCCGCCUCGUCGCGCGCCCGGCCGUCACCGCGCCGCUCGACAUCUUCGCCCUCCUGCUCGUCCAUCUCGCCGCAGAGACCCUCCAGCUCGGCGGCCUCGCAUACGACAACGCCAUCGACGGCAUUCCGCUCCCCACGCGCGUGGUGCUGGCUGCGCACAUCGUCAACCUGGUCGUUAUCUUGCUGUUACUCGUGGUCGUGUUCUCCAUUCCCACCGGCGUACCCACUUCCCGCCUGGACAGAUCAAAAAUCGGUCAGGAGGUGACGCCUGAGGACUUCGCGACGCUUUGGCAGUGGUGUACCUUUAGCUGGGUUUAUCCUCUUGUCAAAAAGGGCACUCAUGCUACUCUCAACGACAGCGACGUCUGGAACUUGGGCCCAACCAUCCGCGCGCGGCCCGUCUACAUCAAAUUCGCCACUAUCCUUCGUUCCUCGCUAAUUCGGCGCAUAUGGGCCGCCAACUCCCUCGACCUCAUGAUCGACUUCAUAGGCACCUACAUAUCGGUGCUCUUCAACUACGCCGCACCCUACUUCCUCCGCCGCAUCCUCGACGCCAUCGACGACCCCACGCCCGCCAAACGCGCCCAAGCAUACAUAUUCACGCUCCUCGCCUUCGUGUGCCAAGUCAUCAAGACCGAGGCGGACCUGCAGCACCUCUGGUACGGCCGCCGCGCGAGCACGCGCAUCCGCAUCGAGCUCAUGGCCGCCAUCUACGACAAAGCACUAAAAAGGCGCGACUUUUCGGGCGUUAUAUCGGCGGAGCAGAAGGAGAGCGCCGCGGCGGCGGCUGAUAGGAAGAAGGGGAGGGAGACGAAGGGGAAGGAGGGCAAGGGCGCGGACGACCCGCGCGCGGGCGCGGAUAUCGGGAAGAUCGUCAAUCUUAUGGCCGCGGACGCGAAUCGGACGCCGAUGACGAUCUCGUCGCUGUACUUCCUGUACUCCGCGCCGUUCGAGCUCGUGCUCGGCUCCGUGUUCCUGUACCGCCUGCUCGGGUGGAGCGCGUUCGCCGGGUUCGGCGUGCUCGUUGCGGCGUGGCCGCUGAACAAGUUCGUCACGGAACGGAGCGUGCGGAUUCAGAAGGGCGUGAUGGCGGCGAGGGACAAGAGGAUGGGCGUGUUGAAUGAGCUGAUUGGCGCUGUAAAGCUUAUCAAGUUCUUUGCGUGGGAGGAGAGGUGGAUCGGGAGGGCGUUGGAUGCGAGGGAGAAGGAGAUGAAGUGGUUGAUCAAGGCGCGCUUGAACUCGGUCAUGUUCCACGCUCUCUGGUCGCUUGCACCCGUGCUCGUCUCGACGGUCUCCUUCGCGGUAUACGUCGCCCUCGGCAACGAGCUCACCGUCGCGACAGCUUUCACCGCCAUCGCGCUCUUCCAGAUGAUCCGCGUCCCGCUCAACGUCCUCCCCACAUGGGUCGUCCAGCUCCUCCAAACAAAAGUCGCCAUCGACCGCAUCACCAAGUUCCUCUCCGAAGACGAAGUCGACGGGCAGGUGUGCAGCCUCAAGUCCGCGCCCGCACACGUCGCGGAGAUCUACGACGUGCUCGGCAUCGAGCGGGGCGUGUUCAAGUGGAACGAGGUCGAGGAGAAGCCUGGAGAGGACGAUAAGAAGGGCAAGGGCAAGCACACACCCGAACCGAGCGGCGAGACUAUUGUUCCGGCCGACAUCGUCGUGGAAGCCGACCGCGCCUCGCUCGCGUCCGAUACUGCAUCCCAACGCUUCGAGCUGCGCGACAUCAGCGUGCGCUUCCCCGCGGGCAAGCUCACCGUCGUAACGGGCCCCACCGCGUCGGGCAAGUCCGCGCUCCUCCUCGCGCUCCUGGGCGAGAUGACGCAGCUCGAGGGCAAGCUCCUCAUGCACAAGGACGCGUCGCACGUCGGCGCCGACGGGCUGAGCCACACGAUCGCGUACGCGGCACAGGCGCCGUGGUUGCGGCACCAGAGCAUCCGCGCGAACAUCCUCUUCGGCGCGCCGCUCGACGAGGCGCGCUACGAUGCCGUGCUGGACGCGUGCGCGCUCCGCCCUGAUCUCGCUGUGCUUGAAGACGGCGAUAGCACCGAGAUUGGCGCGCGCGGUGUGAGUCUGAGCGGCGGGCAGAAGGCGCGCGUGGCGCUUGCAAGAGCGGUGUAUGCGCGCAGCCGGUAUGUGCUACUCGACGACCCGCUGAGCGCUGUGGAUAGCCAUACUGCGCGGGCACUGUUUGAGAAUCUGCUGAUGGGCCCGUUGUUGGCUGGGCGGACGGUCAUUCUCGUUACGCAUCAUGUCGAUCUUGUGCUUCCGGGCGCGCAUUAUCUCGUACGGAUGCUCGACGGGCGGAUCGAUACGCAGGGGACGAUCGCGGAUCUGCGCGCGCAGGGCGUGUUGGAGGCUAUCAAGAGCGCUGAGGCGCCUGAGGUCGCGAAGGAGGAGAAGAAGGUUGCGAAGGAGGAAGAGGAGAAGACGCCUGAGGAGGUCGCUGUUGAGGGCGAGGGAGAGGGUGGGGAUGCGAAGAAGGUGAAAAAGCCAAGGAAGCUGGUUAAGGAUGAAGAGCGCCAGGCUGGCGCUGUCAAGUGGAACAUCUACAAGACGUAUCUGCAAGCAUCGUCGUACUGGACGUGGGCCAUCCUUGCGUUCUUCAUCGUCUGCGUUCAAGGCCUCGUCAUCAUCGAGAAGGUCUGGAUCAAGACCUGGGGCGAGUCCUACGGCGAAGUCCACACCAACGGCGUCUCCGCCAGCACCGGCUUCACCUCCCUCGCAGUCCAACACGUCGACGGGCCCUCCGCCGGCCUCGUCAUCCCCCAUUCCGUACACGACUUCCACGGCUACGGGCGCGAGGCGACUACGAUGAUGCUCCCCAGCGCAAAGCAGCACCCGCUCUUCUACGUCGGGAUCUUCGCGCUCAUCGGCAUCGCGAGCAUGCUCACGAGCGUGCUCACCAUCAUCACGCAGUACACGGGCGCACUGCGCGCCUCGCGGCAGCUCUUCGGGCGCCUUCUGCGCACGGUGGUGUGCGCGACGAUGCGUUGGAUGGACACGACCCCGAGCGGGCGCAUUAUGAACAGGUUCAGCAAGGAUAUCGAGACGGUCGAUUCGAGUCUGGCGUCGUCGUUGCAGGCUGUAAACACGAGCAUGGCGUCGUUCAUCGCGUCUAUUCUUACGAUCGCGUAUAUCUUCCCGAUCUUCUUGGUCCCUGCGGCUGCACUCGGCGCUGUGUACUAUUCCCUCGCUAUUGGGUACCUCAAUACGGGACGCGAUCUUCGGAGGAUGGAGAGCAAUGCGCGCUCGCCUAUCUUUUCGGGCUUUGGAGAGAUGCUGGAGGGCAUUGUUACCGUGCGCGCGUUCUCGGCGGAGCGUCCGUUCUUGGACGACCUCUUCCAGAGGCUGGACAGUAUGACAAAGAUGUGGUACAACUUCUGGAUGACGAACCGUUGGCUGCUGCUCAACUUCGAUCUCCUGGGCGCCUUUGCGGUUGGCCUUACCACUUUCCUCGCCCUGUCUGGCUUCGUGUCGGCCGGUAUCGCCGGUAUCUGUAUCACGUCGGCCAUGGCAUUCACGAACUCAAUUUACUGGACCUGCCGAUUCUGGACGAGUCUCGAGCUUGACUUGAACUCUGUAGAACGUGUUGUUGAGUAUCUCGACCUUCCUCAAGAGCCCCCGAUGGUCAUCGAAGACAGUCGGCCCCCAGCCACAUGGCCCGCCCGUGACAGCCAGAACCUCGUCGUCGUUGAUGGCCUCACGGUCAAAUACGCUCCCGAACUCCCUUCGGUGCUGCACAACGUCUCUUUCGCUCUCAAAGGUGGAGAGCGCAUUGGGUUGCUUGGCCGCACGGGAAGCGGGAAGUCGACGUUGGCUAUGAGUCUCUUACGCUUUGUCGACCCGACUGAGGGCCGUAUCAUCAUCGACGGCGUCGAUAUCACCUCCAUAGGCCUCCAUGACCUCCGGGAACGCAUAGCAUACGUACUUCAGGAUGCAGUCCUGUUCUCAGGGACUCUUCGAGAGAACCUGGAUCCUUUCGAUGAGCACGACGAUAUCGAGUGUCUAGACGCUCUCCACCGUGUACAGCUGCUUACAGAUGCCGCAUACAACUCUCAAAAGACGUCCCGCCAGGCCUCACGUGCCGCUUCUCGUCCAGGUUCACCGGGCGGAAGCUCGACGGGCACCGAUCACGCCGCCGAGGCAUCUCUCGCGUCUGCCACGGACAUUGAUUCAAAGGCGCCUAUCACCCUCGACACCCAGGUUUCACCCGGCGGAACGAACUUCUCUCAGGGUCAACGCCAGCUGAUCGCUAUGGCGCGGGCCCUGCUACGCCGGAGUUCGAUCGUCGUGCUUGACGAGGCUACGUCUAGCAUCGACUAUGCCACCGACGCGAAGAUCCAGGCCGCGAUUCGCACUGAGUUCGGCGGUGCACUCCUCCUUACUGUGGCCCAUCGCCUGCGCACAAUCAUUGAUUACGACCGCCUCAUCGUUUUGGACAAGGGGCAGGUCGCCGAGUUCGACACGCCGUGGGCGCUGAUCCAGAAGGAGGACAGCAUUUUCCGUGGCAUGUGUUUGAAGAGUGGUUCAUAUGCUGAACUCGAGCAAGCGGCGAGGGAGAAGGCGUCGGCUUGA